GACUUUUGUGGCCGUCUUCUUGAGGCCACAUAACUGACUAUAUUACUGGCUGCCCCCUAACCCACCGACAACAACACCAACACACUCUGUUACUGGGUAAACCUUCUAACUCUUCCCGUCUCCCGGCUCCUACUCCUCCCGUGGUAUCUAAGAGUGUACACUUGAGGUUAUAUAUGGGGAGGUCCUCGGCCACAGUGACCCAGCAUGUGUUGUGUGGGGUUGGUACCAUGGCCAAGUGCGCUCUCUGCCAGGAAGUGUUCACAUCAAAAGCCAAACUUGUGCAACACUUUGGUGAUGCUCACAGCAUUGCCAGACAGAGAGCUAGACGCUCAAAGGUUACAGAAACUAUUAAGCAUAUUGCUUCUGAGACUGAGGAGAAAGAACUUGUUGUAUUAGAUGAACAAGAGGAUAUUUGCGUUAUCACCAGUACAAAACAGCCGUUAAACUGUUCAGGCUGUGACAAGCUGUUUGCGACACACGCUAGUUUACAAGGUCAUCAAUGUAUUGCUGUGGGUGAUAAGUCAAAAAAGCAACCAGUCACUUGUCAGUACUGUGGACAGAAAUGCAAAGACCGUCGUGGUGCUGCAAUUCAUCAAGCCUUUUGUGAGAAGAGAACACUAGACAAAAUGGAUGUGAAUGAUCAUGAAGAAGCAAAUAUAAGUUUAUCUUCACUAGACUCAAAUUCAAUUAGCUUACCAAUGUUGUAUGAAUGUCCCGGUGAUGAUUGCGGAGCUAUAUUCAAAAAUGAAGAUCGGCUUAUUAAGCACAUUGAGAGACAUCAUACUGAGGAAGGAAUUAGUAUAAUCAGAGGCCCAGUUCCUAGCUCUGAGCCACAACCAGAACAUAUGGCCGUGCCUCAGCAGUCGACACAACCACCCUUAGUGACAGUUACUAUGAAGCCACACAUUGGUAAAACAGAAGGACUGCAAGAUCUCUCUCUACUUAUUACUCCGACAAAAAAUGUGGAGGAACCCCAAGAAUUUCUGGAUUGUGAUAGCAAGGAUUCUUCAGUAUCAAGAGGGAAAUUUGAAGACACCUCCACUAGUAUUACUAUGGAAGAAUGCAGAGUAUCAGAAGGAGGGACCGGAGGGAGCAGUGAAGCAGUACUGUAUGUCAUAGAAGAUGGAACUGCAUGUAAGGCAUCACAAAAAAUGUGUGAUGGAGGGCCUCAAACCAUGAAGAAAGAGACGAAAACUGGAAAACAGCUUAAGUGUAGAAUUUGUCAUGAGCACUUGCUUAACAAAGAUUUGCUUACAGCACACAUGAGCAAACAGCAUGCCACAAGUAGAGAACUUACCGACAUUAAAAUUAAGAAUGAACCACUUGAUUUUGAGGAGGAGAUAAUGGAAAAAAUGAAUGUUAAAAAUGAUGACGAAGACUGGGAAAUCAUUCCUCACAGAAGAACAAAAUACAGUGUAGGUAUUAAGGUUGAAAAGGGAAAGCUUGAAUACAAAUGUAGUCUUUGUAAACGACACUUUCUGUCAGAAUUAAGUUUCCAUACACACGUCAGAAACAGAGAGUGCAAAAACAAAAAAUUUAAAUUGCCUAGAAUGUUUUCUUGUCACUUUAAACAAUGUGAUUCAUCAUUCUUUAAGCUUACUGAACUACAGAGACAUUGGCAAAUUGCUCACAAGUUUUCAAUGGCAAGCAAAAAUGUAGAAUUUGAUGAUGAAAGAAUGUUUACAGACUGGUUAGCAGAGGAAGAAGAAAAGAACAAAGUGCGAUUCACUUGUGACGUAAAGAGACGGAAGCCUCACCGAACUGAACGGUUAUUAGUCUGUCAUAGAUUCCACCAUCUCCGUACAGCUGCUGCCAGGAAAACUGCUAAGCGGGAAUACUCUGAUAGACAUAAUUGGAUUCACAAAAUACAACCUUGUCUUUGUUUUGCAAGAAUGAAAGUGUAUCAAGAUUUUAAUGAAGAAACUUGUGACUAUACAGGAAAAAUAAGUGUUGUAUAUUAUUUUGAACACACACACCCUAUUAAUGAAAUGCAGAAUGGUAAAGAAGAGAUAUUAGAUCAUAUUUUACAGAGAAAUAAACGCAACAGAAGUACCCAGUUUCAGGAUUUAAAGGGUAAUGACAAGAUGCUUCAUCGUCAGAAGUUAGAAAAAUUAGCCAGAAUAGCGGGAAAAGAAUAUCGUCCCAGUGCCAAGAGUGCUAAAGUAAAAAAUGCUUUUCAAAGACUGAAAAGAAACUCAGAGAGCCACACUGCAACAAAUGAGGAUGAAGACCCGCUUGCUUCAGUUAAUGCGGCUAAUAACCUCAUGGCGACAGAAGAUCUGUUUUCAUCACAUGUAGAAAUGGUUCUAGACGGACAGUUUGAUAUGGGUCAUGAGGUUUUAGCAGGAUCAGUGGUGACACACCUGGAUAAUCUCCCUAUUUUUGCUGGUGGCCGAGUGGAACACAGUAGUUAUAGAGACGAUGAGGAAGGUGAAGAUAAUGAUAAGAAUGACGCAGUGGAAGUGGCAGUAGAGUCAUCAUUGCAGGCAGUGUUACCAGCUAGUUCUGCAGACUGGGGAAAACUAUUUGAGAUGGUUCGAACACGAAUUACUACUGAAAACAGUAGUGUACUGAAGGCUGAGGCAGCAUUAGUUCUUCCUUACGAAAAAUUAAUUGAUCUUGUUUCUCCUAGCGAACAGAUACCCAUAUUUCGACAAUUAUGGGAGCUUGCUUACCCAGACAGCCAAUCACAAGAUUGUGUUCAGUUAGAAAUUAGAAUGAUGAGAUAGUUUUAAAGAUUGAUUUUUUGUUCAUUAACUUUUUUUUUUUAAUAUCACCUGUAAUCAAUUUCAAAUUGAAAAGCAUUCCAUCCUUAGUUACUAAAAAUGUAAUACACUGAAUGUUUUUAAUUAUCCGGUAUUAAUACAUACAUUUUUUUUUUUUUUUACAAAUUCCGUAAUACUGUACUGAUAUUUUGAUUUGUAUUAUGCAGGUAUUAACUACACGAUAUGAACUGCAGAAAGUAAAAUGCAACUUAAUAAUAAAUUCAUUUUCCCAAAAUACAGAAGAUAUGACAAUAAGGAAACUGUAGAACAGUAUUUUGGUUGCAGUGUACAGUACGUAAAUGCUGGAAAUAUAAUCCAUAAUAUAAAAUAUAGAUAUUUA